GGUAUCUAACAAUUAUUAACAGCCCACUCCCAAAGUUUCUUUAGAUAUGUGUAAUUACUCAAUAUGCUUUCUAAGGAUUUGGCACGAACUGUCAAGCUAGUUGGACAUAACAACCGUUAUAGUUUAAAUUCGCUUUUCGUUGAAGUUGAUGGUUACAGCUUCCUUCUUGAUGGCAUCAAGUUUGGCGUCUCUCUUUGGUGAUUUUUUUAAGCAGCUUUUGUGAUUUCAAAUGUCGUUUUGAGAGCAUCCUUCAUCACUUUACUGUUCUUUAUUGCGUCACCUACUGCCAAGUUGAUUGAGUGUGUGUAGCAAUGGGUAAAUAAAGCUUUCUUUCUUAUUUUUUUUUAUAUUUUUUUUAAUUCCUUGUAAAAAGGGAGAAUUGUGCUUUUAGAGGCAUAUUCUCUAGAGGAGUACAACCUCUAGCUUGUUUCCAAAGACCUAACAGGUUGAGUUCAUCAUUGCGGUGGCUUGCCACCUCUUUGUAAAUUAUUUUCUUUUAUUAUAUCAACUAAUAUGUACUUAUUACUAAAGAAUAUCUGCAUCUUUUAAAACAAUAUAUUGAUACGCUUAUGUAAGUUGUUUUCUUUUUUCAAUUUCCUCGUGAAGCAUCACUUUUGGCUCGCCAUUUUGUUUAAAUAAUUCAGCAUGACUGAGAGGCUAAAGACACAUGUUUCCCCUGACGUAGCACAAUGGUGAGAAAAUCAAAACAAUACGCGCUGGCCCGUUAAAGGAUAAACCGGAACAAAAAAUCUUAUUGGCUUAUUUUAUUUUCGUUUAUUUUUUUUUAAGUCAGUUAGUACCCCCGUGUAGCAUGUAUUCGGGAAUGUGUUAUAAAUAAUUUAUUAGAUUUCACAGGUUCUGUUAUUAUUCGCUAAAAUCUCUUCGCUGAAUAUAAAAUUUAAAGAUCAAAAUGUAAAAGAGGCUGCUUCAGCGCGACAUUAUGGAAUUUCCCCUCGAAAGCAAACUAAAGAACAUUUUUGUUUCUUUUUGUGAAACAACUCUGAACGGAGGAAGGUCGAAAAACUUGCUGUUAGUAUGGCGUACUGUUUGGCAGACUUUGUAAAAACAACAUUAAAUCAACCAAAGAUAAAUAUUUACCCUUAAACCCAGUGUAUCGUCCAUCUACACUAGGAUACUCCUUCCUAAUCUUACAAACUGCACACGCUGGUAUGACACGUCGUACACCUCGCCCAAGUUUGUUGUGGAUAAACUAGCAAAACUGUCGAUAAGCACUGUAACGGUACGUCCUAAAUUUUUUUAGCAAAAUAAGUUAAGUCAAUCAUCGAAUUUUUAGUAACGCAUGAAAGAUUAAAUCCUAUUUGGUACAUCGUCACGCUCAAGUAAACCGCGACUUUUCCGGUCAUGUAGCGAGACUAACGCUGUCCAUAACACAUCUUUCAACAACAUGAUGUAGUUAAAAUGUGGAUGCUGUGUGAUGCCUUCCUGAUCUUAAAAUAAUUAUCAUGAAGUUAGAAAAAAGUCUGGAAAUAUAAAAAAAUAAAUCGCUACCAUUAAGAUUGAUAUAACACAUCUUUCAACAACAUAAUGUAGUUAAAAUGUGGAUGCUGUGUGAUGCAUUCCUGAUCUUAAAAUAAUUAUCAUGAAGUUACAAAAAAGUCUGGAAGUAUAAAAAAAAUCGCUACCAUUAAGAUUGAAAUAUUAUAUGGCAUCGAUGUCAACACAGCAAACACACUCUUUCUCUGUCUGCAUCCUCUCACAUUUACCACAACGACACCAAUCAGUAACAGGCUUGCACAAUCUAGGAUUUUGCUGAGGAUGGAAGCCUGAUCAUCAAAAGCGUCAUUAGAAACCCGCCUAGGCUGUGAAGCUCUGAUCUUUCUGGUUCAUACUGAAAUCCUAAUACCGUGAAAUUUUAUGUCUUAAUAUGACAAACUUGAAUAUGACAAAUUUAUUCUUCUUUCUAAUUUAUUAAAUAAACUUUUAAUAACUUACUUCGUAUUCUUUUAUUUUUCGUCUUAUUACUUCCCGGUUUUGUUUAUUCAUCCAUACUCCAGCACAAUCAUAAGCUGUUCUUCCAAAUUCAUCUUUGAUCGUCACAUCAAUAUUUUCAUGACGCAACAAAACUUCAACGCAUGACAUGUCAGCAUUCCUUGCAGCACGAUUCCUUGCAGCACGUUGUAAUGGUGUCCAGUUGUAAACAUCUAGACGGUUGAUGUUUGUUAGAUCAUGUCGACAUGAAAUAUCUAAUAUUGUGUGACGACCAUGAAAUCCAGCCCAAUGAUAACUGUUGUAUUUCCAUCUAUCUUCCACCCCAACAUCACUCCCAUGUGAGAUGAGAAUGUCUACAAUUGAUGUAUUGUUGGUGAAACAUACUGUCCACAACAAUAGUGUGAGUCCAUCUCUCAUGUGAACGAUGUUUGAUUGAAUGGGUAGUAAUUGUUUCAGUUUGUCGAUAUCAUUAAAACUAUCCUCCGGUUAAGGCCUUUACGGAUGGCACAUUUUUAAUGUCUUCAAGUGUCCCUCAAACUCAGAACUUGUUGGAUCGUUGUGUAACAGCCCUUCAUUGGGAUGGAAUGGACUUUAGACCUUCAAAAUCACGAAGCAUUGUUAUAGCUAAUGGAAAAGUUUUAGAUCAGUCUCCUUUUUGUGUCCUGCAAGAACCAAUCCCAUCUAUUCACACAAACCCAAUUAAGUUUCUUAGCCGGUUGAUAAAUUCAACAUUGUCAGAUUCACCUGUUGUCCAACAGGUUAUUGUUAAAGUUGUAGAGCAAGUCAAGCUCAUAGAUAAUUCUUCCCAUGGAGGCAUUCACAAAGUGUGGUUUUUGCAUCAUCUUCUAAUUCCCCGAAUAUGAUGGCCUUUUUUAGUUUACGAAGUUCCGAUGUCUCGUAUUGUUUCACUAGAACAAAGUUUUUUUUUCUUCAUAAGAAAGUGGCUAAGACUCCAUAACUCUAUUUCUAACAUAAGUUUGUAUUCCGCUUCAUCGCCAUGCCCUUUAGCUUUAAAAAGUCUAUCCUAUGUACUAAAAUGUGCUAAGAUCAGUGGUCAUCUUCUCCUGCGAGAUUCGGCUGAUCCUCUAGUCUCGGACUCUCCUCCAGACUUAAAGGCUGAACACUGAAAGGUAGAUGAAACAGUAAAAUCAGCAGAAAGUCAACUCGAGUUCAAGAAAAUACUUGGUUUCCGCCAGCGACCCCACUUAUUACCCCAGUCAACCCUUGUUUUAUAUGUCAAUAGAUUGCACAGAUUGAAGAACAUUUGAUGACAGCAGAGGAUUCCAGGGCCUCCUGAUGACCACUUAGUGGACCUCGGAUUAGAAAUGCCCCGCCUGGAAUCCUGACACCCCUUGGUUGAAGCUUUGGGGCGAAACCGUUUGGUGUCAAGGUUGGGAUUGUGCAAUCUGUGUUGUGUGUGUGUGUUUUUUUCACUGAUAUUGUGUAUCCUGCGAAAAGGAAGUUUAACUGUUUCGUUGGCAGUAACUUUGGAGGAACAAAACCUUAAUGAUUUAAUCCUAAAACUUAACAGGUUGAUUAUUUCAUUGUGCCUUGCUGCAAUGUUAAAAAUUUUCUUGGUGGAGCAGGCUUGGGACUGGUAAUCUAUAAGAGUGUCUAACCAAUUGGUACCCAUUCUUACAGCAAACUUGUACCAGAUGUUGUGCAGGACAAAGAGGAAGACAUCUAUUAUGCUCGAGCCGUUCAGCUUUAUGUCCAAGGUAACUGGACUAAGUGCUGCUCGUUUAUUAAAUACGAUCUUUCUUGGAAGAACCUACUGUCUCUGCCGCAAAGUUUGUCUUCGUUUUGCAUCGGCGCAACCUAUGACACGCUUCCUUCUCCUACAAAUCUUGUCAAGUGGGGAAUCCAAAAUGACAAAAGUUGCACCCUAUGUAAAAAACCCUCUUGUAACGUCUCGCACUUUUUAGGCGCUUGUAAAUUAGCCCUUUCACAAGGUAGGUUUACGUACCGCCAAGAUACUGUUCUAAGUGUGCUAGUGACACCUAUUCAGAAGUUCGUAUCCAAUUAUGAGCCAGCAAAACCAUCUAGAUGUCAUAAAAUAUCCUUUGUUCCAGCUGGUAAACGUCUUCCCACCAAAAAGCGUUCAAAAAUUCAAGGAAUCCUUCACCUUGCCUCUGAUUGGAGAUUAUUGUCUGACUUAGAUUCAACCUUAAUAGUACCACCUUAUCUUGCUGUAACUUAACUCCGUCCGGACAUACUUUUAACUUCUGCCAUGACCCAAACUGUAAUUAUCCUUGAAUUAACUUGCCCAUGCAAAGAGAACAUUGAGACUUGGCAUGGAUUUAAGGCUGAUAAAUACUUGUCACUUUGUUCCGUCAUGAGAUUAAACAAUUGGUCUGCUUUUUCAUUUCAAAUACAUAGCCACUGAAAUAACACAUGGUUGCUUUUUCUUUCUCUAUAAAUGUAUUGUGUGUAGAGCAGGAUGGUACUAUAUCGUUUUCAAAAGUGGAUCCAUUUAAAUGGGCUAGUAUAGGGUUUCCUUUUUUAAAAGCAACAAGUUGACAUCCGUUAGUUGUAUGUAUUGUAUUGUGUAGAGAGGGUUGUUUGGUUCAAUUACCUUGAAUCUACAGGCUAUCCAAGCAAAAAGGGAGAUGUUGCACUGCGUUUUGAUCUUUGGAGGGUGUAACCUCUACAAUUUUUACUUAAGGGUCGUUACACCAGCUCCAUCAUCACAGCUUGCUGUCCGUGAAAAAAAUUAUCUGCAACAAUAACACACUAGUAAAACUUUUCAGCAUCACCAUUAUAUGAGAUUAUUGGUCCUUUUAUGAAACUGUAAGUGUGAUCAACUUUGUCAAGGUCACCAACUUUCUGGCAUAUUUCACAAGUAAAAGUAGCAGCAGAGUCAACAAAAGAUGCAUGCGAUUUUUUAAGAGAAUCCCUAGAGUCAAACUUCUGUUGUCCUUCUAAAAUAUCAUUAUCGGUCCCUGCGAAAAUUGCACCCAAGUCUUCCCCACUGAAUCAAUAUAGAAAGAGUUGCGGAGAGGUUGCCAAGGCAAAGGUAUUAAGCACGGCAAGGAAAGGGCAAAGGCAGGCAAGGAAACAGGAAGAGGAAUCAGGAAGGCAGGGGUGGGUAAGGCAUGGUAGGCACAGGCAUGGGAGGCACAGGCAAGGACAUAGUAGGCAGGCACCAGAAAAGGCAUAGGAAGGGUAGGCAAAGAAAGGCACGGUCAGUGCUGGCAAGGAAAUGGAACGGCAAGGCAGGGGUGCAUGACUUUAAUAGAAAAUAUCCACCUUACAACUCAAAGAUUGUGUAUACUCAAUAUAUCUAAGAUAAGUAUCAUAUUAGUCCAGGAGUAUAGAAAGUAUUGAGGUGCAAAUAUUUCAAAUUCAAUAUCUCAAAAAAAGUCUCAAAUUUAUCUCAGGUCAAUAUACAGUGAAUCAUGUUAGCAGAAUUAUGUGCCAUUACAAGUAUUUAAACAAUCGGUCAUAACGCCAUAUGAUUUUUUGAUAAAUCUGAGAUUAACUUGAUUCCAAUGACAACAACAUUAAAAAGUCAAGAUAUGGAAAUAAUCAUAAAAGUCCACGAGAAAGGCAAAAAAAAUUUAAAAAACGCCUUUUUUAGUUUCUUGUGCCUACCAGGUAUGUCAACACAAAACUUUUUACCAUAAUGUGAUAGAUCUAUUACAAAAAACAAAGCACUUUUAUGCUCUAUAAAUGAAAGUGAUAAAUGUAUGCAACUCCCCCCCUCUACAACUCAAAGAUUACCUAUUAUAUGAAAGCCUGGUUGUUGUAGGUGCAAGAUAAUUAUGUUUUUCCUAGCCCUGUCCAGGAUUCGAACCUGGAUUUCUCAUUUGCAUGAGUGUCAUAGCCAUUAGACCAGCAGGGCAUAUAUAUAUAUAUAUACAAAACUUUACAGGUGAACAUUAUAUACACUUAGGAAUUUACAGCACACAGCCUAGUUAAUUAACCUUUUGAGAAAUGCUGGUUAAGCCACAAGUAACUGUGUUACCUGGCGUAAAACGCUUGGUGGAACAGUUAAUACAAAUUGAAAACUGUACCACACAUUCAGGUGGAGCGCCUUAGUACAGAUGUGCAGUAUAUCGUAAAUCGAGUGAAACACACAACAUUUAAGGUGUUUCGGGUGUAAUUAUAUUUAUCCUUUAGCUUGAAUAAAAACACAAUUUACAUAUUGUGCCAUGUCAUAGCGAAAACAGUCAGCAAACCUUUUUUAUUUUUCACAAAAUGUUCCCGGUAAAACUUAAAAUAUAUGUACUUUAAUCUGUGGUGCGCCAUUAGUAUAGGUAAAAAAACCCUUUCAAAAAAACUUUAGCACAACUUCUGUUAAAUAGAAACACAGGUAAUAGCUUGUCGUUAACACUAGGCUGAGUGAUUAGUACAGAUAUACUGUGGCGCACAUAUACGUUUCGACAUAAUAUCCCUUUCCGAAAAAUAUCCUAACUUUGGUUCAAAUAAACAGACAGUAAACACCCUGUUGUUAUCCUACACAGCUAAAACAGUCAUUCAGCAAUUUUAUUUUGCGGAAAAGUUUUUGUAACAUUUAAAAAUAAAAACACAGUUUAAAGGGGAACUCCAGUAAAAAUCACUUUUUUCUUUUUUGUUUUAUACGUACUCAGAAAAGCAUAAGAAAUCAAAAAAAACUUACUUCACUUGUUUUCCUUAUUUAAAAUCGUUGUACUAGCCUUCGCAUAUUCAAUUUUUUUCUUAUAAAAAAACAGACAGGCGCGAUUUCAUUUAGGACUGGACCCGAUUAUAAACAAUGACAUCACAUCGUGCAGAAAGUUUAAGCGAGCGCAGAGAACGUUCAUGUUAAGACCUCUGGCUUACAUUUAAAUCGCUUUUUGUAUGUAAAUUACGUUUAAAUCUUUAAAAAAUGGUUAGUUGCUCUGCGUUUGGAUGUACCAAUCGAUCAGAAAAGUGUAAAGAAGUCAGUUUUCACAGAAUCCCGUCUGUGAAAAAGAAAGAACUCAGACAAAAAUGGCUAAACAAAAUACGUCGUACAGGUGAUCUACCAAGCGAUCGAAGUUUUUAUAUUUGUUCGUCGCACUUCACAGAUAGUUCUUUUAAAAGGGAUCUCCAGGUAAUAAUCUUCCAUAUUAAAAUAUUGCCACUUCGUAAAAAUGCCAUUUUAGCUAGUCAACGCGAUCAAAGUUUCUCAUUUCUUCUUCAUUUCAUUAUUUGUACUUAUAUCCACAACACAACCAAAUAACGUUUUCUACAUAUUUAUAUUAUAAAAGAACAUUAUACCAAUUUCCAAUACAAAGUUAUCUAGUUAGACAUGUAUCUUUCGUAUCGCUCGUAAGUUUCUAUUCUUUGUUUUUCAAAAAAGAAGCUUUUUGAUGGAAGGACCUGCCGAAUAUUUUCAGGGGGUAAAUGUGCCCAUUUUAUUAGCAUCAUUUCAUCGGCGCUACUUCUAAUCUUUGUUUAUUUAGGCUGAACUUACUGGUAUCAAAAGAAAGAGACAGCUGACCGAGGAUGCUGUUCCAACAAUUUUUUCUUUUAGUAAGCCUGAAAAUUCAAGAGAAUCGACAUCAAAAAGAUUGGAAACUUUCGCUAAAAAACAAUGUGUUGCAAAGGCUUUAAGUGUGGAGGAUGAUGUUGACCUUGAAGUAUACGCUGAACAAGAAAUAAUUUCAUUGGUUAAGGAACAAGGCGUUAGUGCAAUUGUGGAAACGGUAGAGAAAUCGGUUGGUGCCAAUACUUUUACCAGGUCCGUUAGAACACAAUGUGAUCCCUUAGAGGCAAUUCAUCCUGAGAUACAACCAACGAAGGAUGUUUUAAAAGUGAAAUUUACUCUUCCGCACGGACGAUGUAAGUCUACUAACACCGACCUAUCCUUUCCUCCGCAAGCUGACGUGACAUUCUUGCUGAAUGCAAAUAUGGAAAGUGAUCAUGAUAUCGUCUCUGGUGAUGAGUGCCCUUCUGAUGAUUCUUUAUACUCACCGCAAUUACAAAUUCACAUCGACGACAGUUAUGAUGAAAAUAUCUGCGAAGAAGAGUCUUUUGACACUGCUGAAUGUAACCCAGGGCUCAAAAGCGACGCACAAUUUCUUGUUUUCUGGUCUUGUCUGUUGACAUUAUUUCAAGUUUGUUUCACGUGUUUACAAAAAACGUGCAUUACUCGUGUGGUAAAACGUGGAACUCUUAUCAUUGUUACUAGUAUUUGUCCAAAUAAACAUGUUUUCAACUGGCAGUCUCAACCUAUCGUAAAUGGAAGAGCAGCAGGGAACUUAUUACUUUCUGCAGCCAUAUUGUAUUCCGGAAACACAUACGCCCGCAUUGCCGAAAUGAUGAGUAUUUUGAGGCUUCAGUUUAUCUCUAAGUCCACCUUCUAUGAUAUUCAAAGGUCUGUUCUUUUUCCAAAAUUAAACACUUUUUAUAAAAAAUAUCGAAAUAACAUUUAUUCUGAGUGCGCUGCGAAAGAAGGGAAUUUGAUUGGUGAUGGGCGAAGUGACUCUCCAGGUUACAGUGCAAAGUAUGGUACGUACACUCUAAUGAGCGUAGACAUCAAUAAAAUCAUCGACUUUCAAGUUGUUCAUGUUAGAACUGCAGGGAAUUCUAGUCGAAUGGAGAAGUGGGGAUUAGUAACGCUACUAAAUAAGCUGCGUGACCACAAAGUGACAGUUUCAGCAUUAACAACAGAUCGCCAUGUUCAAAUCCGCGCAUUCAUGAAGAAAGAACAUCCUGAGAUAAACCACCAGUUCGACGUUUGGCACUUUGGAAAAAGCUUGAAAAAAAGCUUGACUGCUGCUGCGAAGCGCAAAGAAUGUCUUGAGCUGAUACCUUGGAUCAAAUCCAUUAUAAAUCAUUUAUGGUGGUGCUGCGCUUCAUGCGACAAAAAUGAAAACGUUUUACGUGAAAGGUGGCUUAGCAUUCUUUAUCAUAUUCGUGGAAUCCACUCUUGGCAAGGCAAUGAAUAUUUCCAUGAAUGUGCGCACCCCACAUUAGACCAGCAACGCAAAUGGUUAAAGUUGAAUUCACCUGCAUAUGAAGCAGUGGAGACUAUUGUGCAAAAUAAAAAAACUCUUGCCGACAUGAACUAUUUGGCGCACUUUUGCCAUACGGGAAGCCUAGAGGUAUUCCAUUCUUUGCUUACCAAAUAUUGCUCGAAACGUAUUCAUUUCAGCAUGGAAGGUAUGGUCGCGCGCACGCAGCUGGCUGUCCUUGAUUUUAACUCGGGGACUAAUUGUGAACAGGCUGUUACCAAAAAAGGAGUACUCCGCUAUAAACAAGUCUUUUCACGAGUAACACAAUCCUGGGUCGUAAAAAAAAUUACCGAGAAGAAAGAAAAGGCGUAUUUAGCAGAAUUAAUGACGGCUAAUUUGGAACCAAUCGACAACGAAAAAGAUAAGUUACCACAAACAGGAGAAAUUGCUGAAAGAAUAACAGAGGUUGAAAAACCCGACAAAAGCGAUGCCAUUAAAGCCACCAGGACAAGAUUUAAAACGUGACUUUUUUAUUUUUUUAUUUUUAUUCAACUUUCUUUGAAUAAAACAUAUUUUUCAUCUUCUGCCGGAUAUUUUCUUCGAAUUGCCCAUACUACACAAGAAGGAAUCACUCUUCUCACCCCUUUUCCCAAUCGACUGUGUAUCCACCAAGUGAACUGUUUAUAACCAGCGUAACGAUAAGAUCUAUAUAGAAAAAUAAGGGAGGCAUUAUUGUCAGUUUUUUACCUUCUUUUUCUCGGACAAAAGAAGGGCUUGGAAACGAGGUUGAGCUACUUACUCAUUUUUUAAUUCUAAAGUGUCUCCUCUCAAAUCAUGCAAUGCAGAUAACGCAGUUUCUAAAACAGCUUUUGUCAAAACAACCACUUGAAAAUCAGCAGCUUCUGUAACGCAUUUAUGACCUAUGAUAAGAGUGAUUUUCAAUUAUACAAUAUUUAUACCCCCGUUUUACUAACUUAUCAUUUCCACACGAACCUUAUUCGAUCUUUCGAUCACGCAUUUCAAUGUUCUCCAUCACGGAGAAAAUGUAACAUUACAUAAGAUUUCUUUGCAUUUGUGUGCAAAAAAAAGCGCAUGCGGAGGAAUUAGAUUGUUGAACCGUGAAAUAAAAAUAAAUUGGCUUGUGAAGUAAAAAAAAAGUGAUGAAAGAUUAUUUUAUUGAAGCAAAAGAUAAAGUUUUUGACGAAAAGAAUGUAAAAGAAAAGCGAUGAAAUAUAUUUUUUAUUUGUUUAAAAAGGAAAAUUUCGCUUAGAAAAAAAUUAUAUUUGCAGUAUAUAUCCUACCUACCUUGGAAAAACUCAUCAGGAAUUUCGUUUGACUCGACACAGCACACGCUUUCAGUAUCGGUUUCCAUUGCUCUACAAUUUCCACAUUCACACCAAUUUGCAUUACCCGUACGUGGCUCUGCAUCAGUAAAAGAAACCUCGUCAUUUUCUACACCGUUACUAACUUCUUCCUCGUCAGACACAAGAGGUUCAAAUUC